GACAGCAAAAAGCGGCAAACCACCGAUAUGAGCGAUCUCCCCGAGGACUUCCACGCGCUCCUGCAGCGUCUUGACGCCAUUGCGUUGGAAGAAUGCCCAGAGACGACGCCCUACGCGUCUCAAUACCGCGUGAUCGAGAUCCUACAAAAGCUACGAACCACGUCCCUGCCUCCCGCAGUGCGUAGUAGUAUUUAAAGCCUUUAUAAGAACCAACAACACUCAACGUCGAACCUUUUGGACCAUAUUUUUUUUGCAGGAAAACGCUGUUGCUACUGCCAAACUAGGAACCACGUUCCUAGCAGUGGAGGAGCCACACAGUGCGUCUGUUUUCACGUGCUUAUACUUUCAAUCUUGAUGCCUAGAGUGGGUUUUAACCUAUAAACUGAUGUUAUUGUGCUGUUAUAGACGCCCAGCCAGCACUAGAAGAAGCUGGAAACUUCUUCUUCCCAGAGCUAGUGACGUUUACGACGGAGAUCACGUCAGAUGACGGCCAAUCGGGGGCUGAGAAGGACGCACCGAGGGUUCUGAAAGAGAUGCCAGCGGUACAGGUGAAGAACGAACACGACGAGUUCGUGGUGUACGUCGUGGAGCUGCUGAACCAGCUGGGAGUGCUCUGGUCCAACAGGUCGAGACUAUUGAGAGCGCUGUGCUAUCUAACAGCAAGUCAAAGUCUGUGUGCGCAGCAUCAGGAGACAGAGGACGACGCGUUGGCAGCGACACAGACCCACGCGCACUUUUACUUGGCCCAAGUAUACGGGAGUUUGGGCAUGGCCGAUGAGUCGGCCAAGUUCUGUUUGUCCACGUUAGAACUGCAGUUGUUGCAGUGCGUGAACGAUGCAGAGCAGGACGACACGCCGAGGUUUGCAGGGGCUCAUGAGUGGGUCUGCAAUGCACUGAAACUGGUGGAGUUUUACCUCGAUACGGACAAUCCCAGAGAUGCCGCUACGUGUCUGAAGGCGAGUGAAUUCAUGCUGCUGCAUCACGGAGAUGAGGAGGACGAAGACCAGAAGCUGCUGGUCGCUGAGAUCUACUCGACGUGGAGUCGACUGCACGUGACGACGCUGCGUCUUGCAGCGCUGAGGAAGGAGGGGUUCGAUGUGGAUGACGUCGAUACGGUGCUGCCUCGACCCAGCAGCAUGGAAGCCACUCUAGCCAAGUUGAGUCAGAGUCAAGAAGGCUUCGGGAUGAUGUUUGUACCGGCGUCCAGUGUGGAGACGUUCGACCAGGCUCGCGACGUCUUCAAGAUGGGGCUUCGUGCGUGUACUCGAGCUCGAGAGGUGUUUGUCUUGGACGGGUUUGUGACCCAGCAUGUGCGUCUCUUACAGCGAGAGAGCGCCUUGUACCGUCGUCUCCUCCCGUUCGAAGACGCUCGAGGACGUCGUGUGGCCAUGCAGAGACGACGACUGGCACUGCUGACCCCCAUGCUGGGCGAUACGUUGAACGAACGCGCCUUCACUGAUCUGCUGCAGGAGCUCUACUUCGAGUGCGCAGAGAUUAACGCCGACGUCUUCGAGCUGAAACAGAGCAAGGAGACAGGAGACAAGGCCAUGACGUACUUGAUCAAGGCGGUUCAGUGCUACCAGCAGUUCCUGCUGCUCUACUAUCCCUCGUCCAAUGCUGAAAACUCCACCGAAGAUCCUAUACGGGUUAGUGUGUUGCGUGGAGGGAAGGACGUUUGUCUCCCUCCAGGCGAAGCUCUGUCUCCCAAGGAGUUCCGGACUCUGCUGCUUGGGUACUUUGGUCUCGCUCAUGCCUGUGGGAAGAUCUCCUUCGUAUCCGACACGGCCAAAACAGUGGGGUACUGGCGUCAGAGUCUCGCGUAUCAUGAAGCUGUGACUGAACUGGUCCGGAAGUACGAGACCAAGCACCAAGGAGAGCAAGGCAGAGAACUACGUCGCAGCUUCCAGACGGAGCUCAAGAUCUGCGGAGAGAUGGCCGAACUGCUACCGGAGAAGAUCAAUCAGCUCGUGUACAACGGCAAGGCACUCUAACGUGUAUAUGACAUGCUGUCUGACUACUUACCUGCUUUUAUAUGUCCUUGAUGAUGGAGUUGGUGGCCUCGUCGAUGUGGAAGCCUGCCUUGGUGAACGCUGCAGACUCGUAGAACUCGCUCAGGUCGUAGAUACCCACCGACUUAGCCUUGGACAGCAGAUCGUCUCGAAGCACUGUGAGUGUCGUCUCCUUGUGACUGCGGUGUCCUGCCUGAGCGUUGGUCUGCAUGCGGAGUUGCUGGUAGGCGUGUGCGGACUUGAACAGCUCGUGCAGCACGUGAAGCAGCAGCACGUUGUUGUCUUGGCGAUACGUCAGAUACGGUCGGAACAGACGUCGCCAUUGCCGCUUGAACGUGAACUUCUGGGCGUCGCACAAGCUCUCGGUCAACACUCUGAUAGCCAGCGCAAGGUCUUCAUCUCCCACAGUGUCGCGCAGAUGCAUGCGAGCAUGAGCCUCAGCCAUCCGGAAGAGCGACUCCAAGUGUCGUACAGCAACAGGCACAGCUCCAGUGUGCUGUGACGCGCGUCGAAGCUGCGCGUAGAAAGCUUCCACCUUGCCUGUGUCCAGUCCGCUCGCGAGAACAGGGUUCACGUACGUUCGAGCGUAGAGAAUGUACUUGCGCAGCAGCUCCUGGUCCAGCGUCAUGCUCGCAUCUGCGUCACCUACUUGCAUGGACUGCGUCAUGGCACUGAGUUCCUCCUCUUCGUCUCCUUCCUGCUCCUCUGGACUCUUCUUUGAGUUACUUCGCAUGUGACUGGAGACCACAAAGUCUGCUAGUCGCUCGUCAUCCACAGGAUCCACUUUAUCCUGCAACACACAGAGCAGGUCAAAGCGCUGGAGGAUCGGAUCUGUGAGCUCCACGUUCUCAGCGAACGUUCGAGCAGCGUUGUAUCGCCCACCGAUAGGAUUCGCAGCCGCUAUCACCGAGCAACGAGCCUGUAAUGACGUGACAAUACCAGCCUUAGACACCGAGAUACUCUGCUGUUCCAUAGCCUCGUGAAUACUCGUCCGGUCCUGCUCGUUCAUCUUGUCGAACUCAUCAAUCAGACACACGCCCUUGUCUGCCAACACCAACGCACCGCCCUGUAGCACCCACUCCUUCGUGAACGGAUCACGAGACACACCAGCCGUCAAACCCACAGCAGAAGCUCCUUUACCGGUCGAGUACACAGCACGAGGAGCUGUCUGCUUUGCGAACUUGAGGAACUGCGACUUGGCUGUACCGGGAUCUCCGACCAUCAACACGUUCAGGUCGCCACGCACUCGUGAGUUCUUGAUAAACUUGGGUUUACCGCCGAACAACGCGAGCGCCAGCGCCGUCUUGACCUGCUGGUGACCGUAGAUAGACGGCGCGAUACUGUUGAUGAUUCUCUGCGCAAUAUCCGGUUGUUUAGCCAGUCGCAAGAUUUGCUUCUUGUCUUCUGCAGUGAGCAAUUGACUGCCCAGUACAUCAGCACGACGUUCAACGUGGUUGGCUUCUAUAACCGUACGGAACACAGGGAAUCCAUCACGUAAGUUCAGCGUCGGGUCUGGUGUGUUCGUGUAGAUGCCAGUCACUGCGAUCUCGUCUCCAGGUCGUGCCUUAUCGAUGAGAUCUCCCACCAGCACGACGUCCUUAGAGCGAGGCACACGACCUGGUGGCACACUGCCCGGAGAUUCCUGUAGUGUAAUCUUCUGGAAAUUACGGUACACUGUCUGCUCGCUGUUCACAGGAAAGUUGCCACGGAACUGACACUCCGGACAGGCGUUCAGCUUCACCUCCUGUUGACUCUGCUGCGUGAACGGGCCCAAUACAGCGCCACAGCCAGGACAAUUCACCUUGACCAGCUGGAGCUGCGGGAACACAGACGUACGUCUCGUCACGACGCCUGAAACUUUGAUAAGAAAAUUCAAGUGAGCUGUACGCAAGUCUCGCAGUCUUUCAGUACCAGGGAGAUCCAGAAUACGCACGUAAAUCUGCUGAUGGAUCGUCGAAUAGUACGGGAACAGCGCCAGCACCACCUCCUUCGCCACCUCGUCUAAGAUAGCCAGCAUAUCCUUGGGAGCUUCCACCAACCACGCCGCCACCAUCGACAUACUGUGAAUCACAUCGCCGAUCUCAAUCUCCAAAGACUGCUCGUUGCGUUGCGCCAGCUGCACGAUCUUCUCGUGAUACACCAGUCUCCCUUUGCCGUCCGCGAAAGUAUUGAGGAAAUUCCGGAAUCUCCUCUUGAUCUCGUUUCUCGGCCUCUCGGUGGCAAUCCACUCUCGGAGAGGCACAUCGAAGUGCUCCAAGUUAAUGGGCUCUUCAUCGUGGUCUGCAGCGCCUCCCACGUCGUCGUAUCCAUCUUCUCCUUCUUGUCGGCGUCUGAAUCUCCGUCUAUGAGCAUCGUCGUGCUCCAUCUCCUGGUCUUCUUGAAACACCUGGGCGAUGCGGCCUUCGCGGGCAUCUCGACGGUUCAGCUCGUCUUCUACGGCUCUUCUCGUGUCCAGAUCCAUGUCUUCGUACUGCCUCGUGUCCAGCAUGUUCGUAUCAUAGCGAUCCAACGUCUCCAUGCGUCGGUAAUCCCUGCAUAAUAACAAAAUUGUCACUAAUUUAGCGUCUAGGU